AUGACCGGACGUAUCGUGCGGCGCACCGCUAGCAUCAUCCUCGCCAGCGCCCUGCUGCUCGCAGCUCUGGUCCAUACCCUCCACCACGUCGCACAGCAGACAUGUACCUACUGGGACCCAUACGCUCCGGCCUCGCAAGACGCCGCCGAGUGUGUGCGGGCCAAACAGUACCGCCAGCUGGAGGCCUUCCUCAAGGAUCCCAAAUACGACUACGAGGCGUAUCUGCUCGACAAGCUCCAGUUGUUCAAUGAGACGCUCUGUUCAGGGCGUGGGCCACCCCGCAAACUCAUUGUCAGCACAUGGUGGUUUACACACACGGGUCUGCUAGGAUCCACUGCUGGGGAAGAGGUGUGGAUGAACGAUGUCGUGCAUGCAGUUGAGGAGCAGGGAUUCAUCGUCCUGGACGACUACCACUCGGCACGCAUGAUCCACCUGGCCAAUGCGUUGAGCGAGUCGAUCAUUGUACAUUACUCUGUCCCUCUCGUGCCCAUUGCCCAAACCCCCAAUGCCCCCUGA